AUGAUGAAGCUGGUCAUUGGUAUCCUUCGAUCCGUACGCCCAAGAGUGGGAAAUCCUCUCAUACGACCCCUACAACCCAUUCGCUGGGCCAGGUUCCAGGCAUUCGAGGCAGAGUAUGACCCUGAAGAGCUGGCAAAGGCGAGAUCAUGGCACGCGACCUUCGACGGUAGCCAGCUUCCCAAGGGCCAGACAAGUUACGCGCGCUCGAGCGGCCCCGGUGGACAGCACGUCAACAAAACUGAAAGCAAAGCCAUCACUGUGUGGCCUGUGAAGGACCUCCUGUCGGUUCUGCCGAAACUGCUGCACCGGGGCAUCAGAGAAUCGAAGUAUUACACGGCCAGGUCGGAUUCUUUGACGCUGCAGGCACAGACGCACCGGCACAGAGAGGCCAACACAGAAGAGAACCAGCAUAAACUCAUCGAUGAAGUCAAGAGGAUAUACGCAGAGACAGUCCCAGGCGAGACAAGCCCGGACAAGAAGAAGAAGCACGCCGAGAUAGCAAAGUCAUUCAACGAAGGACGGCUCAGGCAGAAGAAGCAGCUGGGCUCCAAGAAGCAGAGUCGACGGUCGGCAUUCGACUGA